AUGGCGGAGUCCAAGUCGUACACCAAGACGUUCAUGCUCGUGUCGAGCGACAUGGCCCAGAACCUCAACGCGCGCUCGGGCGUGGAGCUCAAGGAGCUCGGGCGGUCGGUCAACUGCCUCAUGUACCUCGUCGACGCCCACGUGUACAAGGACUGCCGCAUCCUCUGCCUCUCGGGCUCGCUGAGCGAGAUUGACGCGGGCCUGCGCGUGCUCGUGGCAUGCAUGCAGAAGCUUUUGCGCGCCAAGACCAAGCCGACCUUCGAGACCGUCAUGUACAUGCACGACAAGUCGGUGGUGCAUAUCAAGUCCGACUUUGCGGAGCGCGGCCGACAACGUCAAGGACGCCUGCAACCGGCUCCGCCAAGUGCAAGUCGACUUUGA